AUGCUUCUGGUGUUGACCAGCACCGUUGCCUUAUCUGUCGCUAUCAGUACGGCGUUUCCGGUCUUGAUACCAGUGCCGAUAACUUGUUAUCGGCCCGGCAACGCCGAUACACCAAGAUUCAUCGUAAUUUUGAGCCGAUUCGGCCCAUUUUUAGGUUAA